UCCACCCGUGUCACUUCAGAUUCAGAACCAUCAAUAUAUCUCUAUUUGUAUAAAGGGGACAACGACGAUUCCGACGCCAGACGCCUCAAAAUCUGAGAGAUUCCCAAAUGCAGGCUCAAAUCUUGAGCUCUCCUCUCUCUUAUCGCUACCUACUCAAUCAUUCCGCAUCAAAAACCCUAGCCUUUUCUAGGAAACACUUGAAUUCUGACAAUCCUUUCUCCGCACCGAAACGGAAUUGCAAAUUGAAUGGAUUUUCACCGGUUGGAGUAUUCAGGAGGAAUUUGGAUGGUUGGAAACGGAAGAGGGGAGGUACUGUAUAUUCCUCUGCCGAGGAACUGAACACCAGCACCAAUACGCUGAGGAAAAGAAAGGUAAUUGAACAUAUCUGUCUGCUCCAAGGGAAGGAGGAUUUGUCCGAAGAGCAAGAGAAAAAUAUGCUAGAUUACCUUUAUACAACCCAAUAUCAAAUGCGAGGCAUUAUUGCAAUAUCAUUAGGGCGUGUUUCUGGUUGGAAUUCUGUAAACUGCACUCACGCUGUGUACGUGCGCUUCCAAAGAAAGGAGGAUCUAGCUAUGUUCUAUGAGAACCAUUUCUACACGGGAGUUAUUAAGGACCAUGUGAUGCCUUAUUGCCAUGGCAUUAAAAGUGUUGAUUUUGAGUCUGAAGUUGAGGAUGAUAUUCUGCCAAUAUUUCGGAAAGGCGAGGAGUUCAACUUUGGUUUGGAGCUUCUGCUCCUGAUAGAAUUUGUUGAAAGUUCAUUGGAUGGAGCUGCAGAGGAUGCUCUGAUUGCUCUGGAUAAGCUCACUAUGGAGUUCCCUUCCCUGAUUGUUCAGACCACUAAUGGUGUUCUCCAAAUGUCUCCCUUUUUUGUGAUAUGUAAAUUUUGGCAAUGCAACACCCUCCAUGAUAUCCCUGAACUCCUCACGUUCUCGUUCUCUAAUUUGUCAGGUUCAAAUUUCAAUAGACAUAGUGAGGAAUAUACUCAUGGGGUAGUAAUACGGUUUCGAUCAUCCGAGGCCUUUGAGAUAUUCAUGAACAGCUCAGAAUAUAUCGAUAUGUGGAGAUCAAAAUUUCAACCAAUCAUCCGGAAGGCUAUACCCAUCAGUUAUUCUGUUGAUCCAGUUGGCACAGAGCUUAUGUAGCAAGUUUGGAAGGCAGCUGACAGGAAGAAUAUUAAUGUUGGAGGAGGGUGAAGAAAUGGGAAUCAUUUUGGUCCAAACAUGCGUGCUUAGAGAGUUGAUUUUUUGUUCAUCUUCCCUUUGAUAUGAUGUGGAUAAUAUACACAUUGUUGAUCCGACAAGGUUUGUUGCAUGACUUUGAACCAACAAAUAAAUAAAUGCCGCCAGAAGACCCUGGCCAUUUAUCUACUUAAAAAA